AUGGCAGCUCUCCGUACCGCUUUCCGCCCUGCGGCCAAGUCCAUCAUCACUCCCGCUCGUGUUGCGGCUUUCCGUACCACUGCUCCCCUUCGCAUCGGUGCAGCCGGUCCUCAGGUUAUUCAGGGAACCGUCAAUGACCCUGCCCCUAUCCCUCCCGUCUCUAGGAGCCACGGUUCCUACCACUGGGACUUUGAGCGUCUCGUUUCCAUUGCUCUCGUCCCCUUGACCGUUGCGCCCUUCGUCGCUGGUUCCGUCUCUCCAGUGAUGGACGCUGUUCUCUGCAGUGCUCUCGUCAUUCACUCUCACAUCGGUUUCGACGCCUGUGUGACCGACUACAUUCCCGAACGCAAAUACAAGAAGCUCGCCCCUUUCGCGACAUGGGCUCUCCGUGGGGCUACUGCCACCGUAUUGUACGGAUUGUACCAGUUUGAGACGAACGACGUUGGAAUUGUUGAGGGUAUUAAGAAGGUCUGGACCGCAUAA